UCUAGGUGAAGGUAGUUUACAUCGAUUUCCUUAGCCUGUGUCUGUGACAUCUUUUAUUGCUCUAACAGCUAUUAAGACAGUAGUCAAACGUUUGAGCAUGUAUGAACGUUAAAAUGAAAAAGAAGCAGCCUGCUGGCUGUUGGAACCAAGUUGUCUCAUUGGAGUUACAAGCAACUACACAAAUGAACUAAGGGAAGAACGAAGCGGUUAUCAAAUGGAAUCAGAGGAGAACUGGAGUGAGUUCGUAAAAGAACAUCUGUUUGUUGGCACCAUUCUUGAUGGUGUGAUUGUCCUGACCAAACGCGGUGACUCAAUCUACUCAUGUGGGAACCUCCAAGAUCUGACUCAGAAAUAUUAUGCCCAGUUUCUUGUUAUCUUUACGACAACAUCUGAAGAACAAGACUCUGCUGCAUGCCAAAAGGGAUUUAUUCUGCAAACUGCAAAUGAUGAUCAGGAGAUUAAAUACAUCAUCUACAGCAAGAAUUUUUGUAGUGUAUAUGCAAUGUCACGUCAUAACAGAUCUGGAAUCAUAGUCUGCAGUCUACCUUAUGGUGUAUUGAUUGCUACGUACUCAUUUCCUUGCACCAGUGUGAAGGCAAUAGAAAUUGUGGAGAACACUUGUGAACAACUGAGAAGAUGACACAUCAUGUUAAAAUGUGCAUUUGGUCUUCAGAGUGAACAAGCAAGAAAUAAUGGCAGAACCUGAAUCUGGGAUGUUGAAACCUGUUUCUGGGAUCAAUUUUACUCAUUUAAUUUAUCAUUAUCAUCAUUAUUGUCAUUGUCAACAAUGUUAUCUUUGUUAUUGUCAUCAGCAUUAUCAUUAUCAGACUAUGUGCAUGUACUUUAGGUAACAGAAAAGUCAAGUCAAUGAGAAACUGCUUAUUUCUUCAAGGCGUUGACCUAACAGAUGUUUUUCGGUCAAUCCCAUCAUUUGCAGUCACUGAUUACUGUCACAAGACAUGAGCUACCUUCUCCAAAAGGACAAAGAAAAUUAAUUAUUAGAAACCUCAGAAAAUUAGGUAUCAGUAGAAAACAUUCUCCAAA